AUGAAGGCAGCACUUCUCGCGUUGACGGCGGCAGCUGGCACUGCAAUCGCUCAGCAACAAGGAUGGGGGCAGUGUGGUGGCAAGGGAUUCACCGGCAGCACCAAGUGUGUCUCGGGCUAUACCUGCCACACAACCAACGAAUACUAUGCUCAAUGCAUCCCGUCCUCUGGCCCGGCCAAGCCUACUAAGACGACCGUUAAACACCACAAACCGACCAAAAAGCCUACCAAGAAGCCCCACAAGCCGACUACGACCGCUAAGCCGACAACGGCCAAAGCGACGACAGUCAAACCAACUACCGUUAAGCCAACGACGACCAAGCCGACAACCACCCAGCAGACUAGCUCUCCAACUGGCGGUAGUGGUAGCGGUGUGCCAUACGCUGGAGUAAACAUCGCCGGUUUUGACUUCGGAUGCGGCACCGACGGCACCUGCACUGUGUCUGGAGCAUACCCGCCUACCGACUCCAACGGUCUGGCCCAGAUGGACCACUUCGUCAACGAUGACGGCCUCAACACCCUCCGUCUCCCCGUCGGCUGGCAAUACCUCGUCAACGGCCAGAUCGGCAACCUCGACUCCACCAACUUCGGCAAAUACGACAAGCUCAUGCAAGGCUGCUUGAGCUCUGGCGCCGAGCUCUGUAUCAUCGACAUCCACAACUACGCACGCUGGAACGGCCAAGUCAUUGGCCAGGGCGGGCCAACCAACGCCCAAUUCGCCGACCUAUGGUCCCAGCUGGCGACCAAGUACAAGUCCCAGUCCAAAAUCGCCUUCGGCAUCAUGAACGAACCCCACGACCUCGACAUCGGCACCUGGGCGACCUCCGUCCAAGCUGCCGUCACCGCCAUCCGCAAAGCCGGCGCCACCUCCCAAAAGAUCCUCCUCCCCGGCACCAACUAUGCGUCUGCCGAAGCCUUCCUCGACAACGGCUCCGGCGCCGCCCUCAGCAAAGUCACCAACCCCGACGGCAGCACGACGAACCUCAUCUUCGACGUGCACAAGUACCUCGACAGUGACAACAGCGGCACGCACGCCGAGUGCACGACCAACAAUGUCGCGGCGUUCACGACGCUGGGUGAUUGGUUGCGCAAGGAGAAGAGGCAGGCGAUUCUGACGGAGACCGGGGGUGGGGCGAACGAGGCGAGCUGUUUGAAGGCUUUGUGUGAGCAGUUCGCUACGAUGAACAAGUACGGGGAUGUGUACCUUGGGUGGACCGGCUGGUCGGCUGGCAACUUUGACGCGAGCUAUGUGCUGGGUGAGACGCCGACGCAGAAUGGGAACUCGUGGACGGACCAGCCGCUUGUGAAGCAGUGUGUUGUUGGACAGUUCCACGGUUAG